GAAUACGAACGCGCUGCAGUGACGCACGCACUGCGUCUGCGAGCCGUUCGAAGGACAGCGAGGGCUUCGGCUUCAGAACGCCACUUGAACCGCAGAAACACACGAAGCGCAUCACCAUGAACUGCUUUGGAAGCAUCUGAGCACAGUCAUUUAACUUUGCGUGUAAGAUCAUCGUCCUGCGAUUGUAAUCCAUCCCUCCGGAAAUAUGAGCUCCUCCUCUCCCCUGAUGUCCCGGGCGUCUGUCGACAUCCUGGAGGAGCUGCAGCUCAUUGCAGCCCAGAACCUGGAGAAGCUGGAAGUCAACAAGUAUUAUGAGGUCAUACGAGAGCUGGGCAAGGGGACCUAUGGCAAGGUGGACCUCGUGAUCCAUAAGAUCAGAGGCACAAAGAUGGCUCUAAAGUUCCUCAGAAAGAAAACGACCAAGCUGAAGAGCUUCCUGAGGGAGUACAGCAUCUCUCUGUACCUGUCCCCCUGUCCCUUCAUCAUCAACAUGUUUGGCAUCGCCUUCGAGACAGACGAGUACUACGUGUUCGCCCAGGAGUACGCCCUGGCAGGGGACCUCUUCGACAUCAUCCCCCCCCAGGUGGGUCUGCCAGAGGCCGUGGCCAAGCGCUGCGUGCACCAGGUGGCCAUCGCUCUGGAUUACCUGCAUUGCAAGAAGCUGGUGCACCGGGACAUCAAACCGGAGAACAUCCUCAUCUUUGACAAAGAGUGCCGCAAAGUGAAGCUGUCGGACUUCGGCAUGACGCGGCGCGCGGGCUCCCCGGUGAAGCGCGUCAGCGGGACCAUCCCCUACACGGCACCGGAGCUGUGCGACACCUCCCGGCACGAGGGUUUCUGCGUGGACUACAGCACCGACGUGUGGGCCUUCGGCGUGCUCCUCUUCUGCAUGCUGACGGGGAACUUCCCCUGGGAGAAGGCUCUGCCAUCAGACGCCUUCUACGAGGAGUUCGUGCGGUGGCAGCGGCGGCGGACAGGCACCGUACCCUCGCAGUGGCGCCGGUUCACGGACGAGGCCCUGCGCAUGUUCCGCAAGCUGCUCUCCGUCGAGCAGGAGCGUCGCUGCUCUGUCAAGGAGGUGUUUGGCUACUUCGGCCACUGCUGGAUGCUGGACAGCGAGGGCGGCAGCGGGAACCUCUCCCAGGUGAGCUCCUCAUCCUCCUCCGAAGAGGAUCUGCUGGUGGACCGCAUGAAGCAGCAGACGCUGUCGCCGGUGUGCAGCGUGCCCAAGAGCGCCGUCGUUGUGGAGCCCACCGCCCACCACUUCUCCUCCGUCUCCACCAACAGUUCCCUGUCCUCCCCCAGCAGCUACGAGCGCGUCUCCCGCGACAACGCCGCCGGCGGGCGCAUCCUGGUGGCCACGCCCAUUGAGAUCUGCGUGUAGGGGCUGUGUGUGGGGCUGCCUGGCUGCCUGUUCCUUCAGUCUCGCACACUACAGCGAUCCUUUAAACACCUUACAAAUAUUCUUGAAAAAAAUCGUAUGAAUUUUAGGAUCUUUCUGUGGGAGUUAGGAAAACGUAAAACAAUAAACCCGUGCCUGUUGUUUUGAUCCACGGAAGAUGGGGGGGGGGGGAAGCAGCCUUGUGGAGGAGUCAUCUGUGGGCUUCAUGUGAACAUUCCUGAAGAUGCACGGGACCCUUGACACACACGCUUCUUCUGGGGAGAAAACCCUACCCGCUGGUGUGUCGCAGUCCGCAGGCAUUUCACCACAUGGUCAAAACAGAAGAAAACACAAGCGAACAAAGGAAGGACUUUGAUGAAACUGCAGGGACACACAGAGGAGGAAGGACCUUGAGUGAGGUGAAACACUGGUAUUGUUACUUUGAAGGACUUGACCAAAACUUUACCUCUUAAAGCAAUAUAUUUAUUGUUUUCCUGCUAAACAAUCUGAGUAAGAUGAGUAAAAUUAAAGCUUGAAAAAGCAUCUGAAAGAAAUCUGAAUUAGGAGAGAUGAGUUUGAUCAUUUUGGGUAGAAUAAGAUGAUGCCAGAAGGAAUUCACAGAACAAUUUAUUUAAUUUGCAUUUUUGGAAGCUGUUGGAGAUGCAGCACCUUAAAUCAUUGUAGAAUGUUUCUUGAAGACGAAAAAACAUGAUUUGUGACCGUUACUGUAAAUUGCAAUGUGAUUUGUGGUACUAAGUGCGAAUGUUUGUGUGCGCGCGUGCAUGUGUGCGUGUAUGUGCGUGUGUGUGCAAAUCCAUAUAUCCCGUACUUACAGAUUUUACAUUUUUUCCAAGGUAGGUCAGCAAGUUUUCUUGCCUUUGGGUUUACAUUAUUUAUUUGAUUCCUAAAUUUUCAGAAAUCUAUUUUUUCUAUUGAUUUUGUAAGGUAGCUUUAGAUGUUGACUUAUUUGACUUAUUUUAAUACGUACGUUUGCUAAUGCCUCAAUGCCAAAAGAAGUCAACGCUGUGCAGCCAUCCUACAGCACCAAGCCUCUGUUUUUCUUCCCUUGUAGCACAUGACAUUUUGGAUAUUUCCAUCCUGCCCAUUGUGCAUUAGCGAACGUGGCUCCUGAGGGCGGUGUGUCUUUGAAUAUUAGCCUCUGCUGUCGAUUCAACUUCCCACAGACGAGUCUCAAAUAUGUUUAUGUUGUGUUAUAAGUUGUAGUAUGCUUUCAGAACCAGUGGGGUUGUUCUGAAGGACCUUCAGUCUCACUAGAAAUAUUGUGAUAUUGUUCUCACUUAACCUCCGCUGUCAACUGCUCAGAAGCGGUUUGAUGUGCUGUUGUGCAAGUGUGUGUCUGAUCACCAGUCCCCUCUGUGAUGUGUGAGCAGACAGACACACACACUGGCAGCCAGACGUGUCCAGGUUAGCGUGCGAGUUCUGCUGACACGACUGAAUGUGUAAGUAUCCGAAAUGUGUAACCCUCACAGGGGCUGGAGGACAGGAGCUUCAUCCUCACAUCAGCUGACAUUCUCACAGUCAAACUGAUCCUCAGAUUUGGAGAAAAUCAAAUGCAUACAAUCAAAAUGAACAUGACUCUCUGGUCACACACAUUUCUGUUCUGUGGUUGUUAAGGGCUGUUACAUGUUGUCUUUAUAGAUCACCUUAGUUUUAUACUUUAUUCUGUUCUUGUCAGAGAAGC